CUUCCCCUCCUCCACUCCCAUCCCUUUCAGCUUCUGUGAUUGAAGCCAGCCGCGCUCUCCGCCCCCCAGCAACAACGAGGACGCCUCUCUCCCUUCAGAGGGCGCUCGAAAGCGGCUCUUUUUCCCGCCUCCGACGAGUCCGCCGCAGCCGGCGGAGCGGAGGGCGGGGGAGAGAUUAAAGAGAGAGAGACAAAAAGCGAAGGAAGAUUGUCCUCCCUUCACCAGACGUCACGUGAGAUAGGGAAGUGUUUUUUUGUUUUUUUUUGCUGGUGUGUGUAAGCGUUUGUGUAAUAUAAAAAAAUCUCUUUUGCUAGCGGUUACUGCUAUUGGCCACGCGACUUCGUUGGUGGCGCGCGCCACUAGUGGGCGCCGCCUCAGGGCAAAAGACAGCUGGCUGGCUGAGAGCGAGAGUUUGUCUAACGAGCAAAAAAAAAAAAAAAGCAGGGAGGCGGUUGGUGGCGCGAGACUUUCCGCGCGCGCCUUAAGUGACGCGGCGUUCUGAAGGAAAGGAAGGUCGGGGGAGGAGCGGCGAGGUGAAGAGAGGCGAGGCGUUUGCUGAAGUGAGCGCUGCUGCUGUGGCGGUGGCGGCGGGAGCGGCAGCCGCGACUGGGGCUGCGUGAGGGGUCGCGAUGUGAAGCUGCUUCCACACGGCCCGCCAGGGCAGACGGCGGUGACGCCCGGGACGUGACGAAAGGGCUUGGACCUGCCAGGCUCUGCUGGUUGAAGUGACUCAGCAGGAUGCUUGGACUUGUAACACCCGCACUUAUGGGGAGGCAUCAGCUACCACUGAAUAUGAACCAGGGUUAAGGCAACAAAUGAUGCUAAGCCAUGGCCUCAUUAUGAAGCCAGGUGGAUGGAGAAAACGAGCCAGUGAGAGAGAUGGCUGGGCGACAUGGGGAGGAUAUAUAUCUGCCAAGGUACAAAAACUGGAAGAUCAGUUCCAUUCAGAUGCAGCUAUACAACAUCAAAAAGAUGGAACUUCAUCCAGUAUCUUCAGUGGAGUAGCUAUCUAUGUCAAUGGCUUUACAGAUCCUUCAGCUGAUGAACUAAGAAGGCUAAUGAUGUUGCAUGGAGGGCAAUAUCAUGUGUAUUAUUCUAGAUCCAAAACAACGCACAUUAUUGCAACAAAUCUUCCAAAUGCCAAAAUAAAAGAACUCAAAGGGGAAAAAGUGGUUCGACCAGAAUGGAUAACAGAAAGCAUAAAAGCUGGGCGUCUCCUUUCUUACAUUCCAUAUCAGCUUUACACAAAGCAGUCAAGUAUUCAGAAAGGCCUCUGUUUCAGUGCCAUAUGCAAACCAGAAGAUCCUAUUCCAGGUCCUAGCAAUAUCUCUGGAGAGCUCAACAGGGUAAAUAGUCCAGUAAAAAAAUAUGAAAAGAAGAAUGAAAUCAAAGCCAAUGGAAUGAGAAAAUUGAACAAGGAAUGUGAGACUGGAGAAACAGGAUUCCUGGAGGAAGUCUUUCCUUGGAGUAAACAGAAUGGAAUUCACCAUAGGGACAGCACUGCCAUUUUUAAUGGACACACUCAUAGUUCUAACAGUGCCUUAAAGACACAGGAUAGCUUGGUGCACUCUGGCCAUAAGGUUGCAACUAGACUGUCUCCAGGCCCUGUGCAGGAGGAGGAAAGGAAAGAGAAAUCUGACUUCAGAGACUGCUCUGUACAGCAUUUGCAACAAAGCAACAAAAAUACAGAACUUUUACAGGAUCCUCAUAGGACUAUGAAUAAUUCAUCUUCAUCUUUGCACAGUAAUAUUAAAAUAAAUGGUGCUUAUCAUUCCACUGUUCAGGGGCCUUCAAGCACAAAAAGCACUGUUUCAGUAUCUGCUCCUAGUAAGGUGGUUUCUUCACCUCUGUCCAAAUCUUCUAAUAGCAGUUUUAUUUCUGACUUUUAUUCUCGUUCAAGACUUCAUCAUAUAGCUACCUGGAAGUGUGAAUUUACAGAGUUUGUUAACACCCUACAGAGACAAAACAGUGGAAUCUUCCCAGGAAGAGAAAAGUUAAAAAAGUUGAAAGCAGGGCAGUCUGCAUUUCAUAAAGCUGAUACAGAUAAUGUGUUCAUCCUGAGCUCAACCAAGCAUCAGAGCUGUAUAAUGCAUGUGGACAUGGACUGCUUCUUUGUGUCAGUGGGUAUUCGAGAGAAGCCAGACCUAAAAGGGAAACCAGUGGCUGUUACAAGUAAUCGAGGAUCAGGAAAAGCAUUGCUUCGUCCAGGUGCAAACCCACAGCUGGAAUGGCAAUAUUACCAGAAUAAAUUACUGAAAGGCAAAGCAGCAGAAACUGGUAAAUUGGACUUCACCAUUGAGGAUGAGCUGGAUUCUCCCCAAAUGAAUGGAAAUGAAUUUGAUAUCUCUGUUUCAUCAAGGGCUGAAAUUGCAUCCUGCAGCUAUGAGGCUAGACAAGCUGGUAUAAAAAAUGGGAUGUUUUUUGGGCAAGCAAAACGAUUGUGUCCAGAUCUUCAAGCAGUACCCUAUGAUUUUCAAACAUACAAAGAAGUUGCACAGACAAUGUAUGAAAUUCUGGCAAGCUAUACUCAUAACAUUGAAGCGGUCAGUUGUGAUGAAGCAUUAGUAGAUAUCACUGAAAUCCUUGCAGAGACUGGCCUAUCUCCUGAAGAAAUAGCAAAUGCUAUUCGUACUGAAAUAAAAACCAAGACCAAAUGUGCUGCUUCCAUUGGAAUAGGUUCGAACAUUUUAUUGGCUAGAAUGGCAACUCGCAGUGCAAAGCCUGAUGGGCAGUAUCACUUGAAGCCAGAAGAAGUGGAUGAUUUUAUUCGAAGUCAACUAGUAAUUCAUCUUCCAGGAGUUGGCAGGACAAUGGAAUCUAAGCUAUUGGCAUUGGGUAUAAAAACUUGUGGAGACCUUCAGUGCUUCACUAUGUUGAAGCUCCAGCAAGAAUUUGGUCCUAAAACAGGACAGAUGCUCUUCAGAUUCUGCCGUGGUUUGGAUGAUAGACCUGUUCAAAGAGAGAAAGAGAGAAAAUCUGUUUCAGCAGAGAUCAACUAUGGCAUAAGAUUUACCCAGCCUAAAGAAGCUGAAGCUUUCCUGAUGAGUCUCUCAGAAGAGAUCCAACGUAGAUUGGAAGCUGCUGGUAUGAAAGGCAAGCGAUUAAUUCUCAAAAUCAUGGUCAGAAAAGCUGGUGCUCCAGUAGAAUCUGCAAAAUAUGGUGGCCAUGGAGUCUGUGACAACAUUGCAAGGACAGUGACUCUUGAGCAUGCAACCAACAGUGCCAAAGUGAUUGGAAAAGAGAUGUUAAAUAUGUUUCACACAAUGAAAUUGAACACAUCAGAUAUGAGAGGGGUUGGAAUUCAAGUACAUCAGUUAGUUCCAGUUAAUAAAACAAGUUCAGCAGUUUCCUCUUGCUCAUCGGUACAGUCUGGUUUCUUACCUGGUGGUUCCAGUUCCAUUAUCGAUCUUUUGCAAGUACCAAAAGCUACAAAGAACUCAGAACAACAACACAAGGAAGCAGCUGCUAUGGAUCUUGAAGAACCUUCUGCUUCAAAAGCAUGUACAGUGCUACCACCUCACCCGACAACAUCUAAUGUCAAUCGUGUUACCAGCAAAUCUGAGCCUGCAGUCAGUUGGAAUGGUUUGCACACACCUGUCAAUCUAAAGCCCAGGCUUAAUUUAAGUAUUGAGGUUCCAUCAGCUUCCCAGCUGGAUCACUCUGUCUUAGAAGCACUUCCCCCUGAUCUUCGAGAACAAGUAGAACAAAUGUAUUCUAUUCAACACACCGAGAUUUGCAGUAGUAACAAAAAAGAACCAGUAAAUGGGUACAAUACCAGCUUUCCAACACAGCCAGUUGGAGCUGUUCUCUUACAAAUACCAGAUGUCCAAGAAUCGAGCAGCGAUGCAGGAAUCAAUGUAAUAGCACUACCCGCAUUUUCACAGGUGGACCCUGAGGUUUUUGCUGCACUCCCUUUAGAGCUGCAAGAGGAGCUCAGACAGGCAUACGAUCAAAGGCAAAAACAUAUAGAAAUGAUUUUCCAGCAGUCGGCAAAUACCAUGGUGUCAAACAAUCCUUUACUAAAUGUGAGACAAGUUACAAAAAAUAAGAAAAAAAGCAAGAAAAGACUCCAAACCAGCCCAGUAAAAAAGAGCCACAGUCCUUUGAAAAACAAACUCUUUGGGAGCCCCGCAAAAAGUGCAGCUAUUUCUGUUGGAAGCCCACAGAAAUUAAUAGAUGACUUCCUAAAACAGGAUGGAGCAACCACUGACAAAUCUCAGGUGGAAUUAAUGCAAAGCACUGUGAAUACUUCAGGCCCUUCCAUUUCACAGCCACACUUACCUUCUGUUACUAGGCCGCAGGUCCCCAAUUUAGCUGGAGCUGUUGAGUUCAGUGAUGUAAAGGCCUUACUCAAGGAAUGGAUUACAACCAUAUCAGAUCCCAUGGAGGAAGACAUCCUACAAGUUGUGAAGUAUUGUACUGAUCUGAUAGAAGAAAAAGAUUUGGAGAGGCUGGAUUUGGUUAUAAAGUAUAUGAAAAGGCUGAUGCAGCAGUCAGUGGAAUCGGUGUGGAACAUGGCUUUUGACUUCAUUCUUGACAAUGUUCAGGUGGUUUUGCAACAAACUUAUGGAAGCACAUUAAAAGUUAUCUGAACUGAUCUUGUAGGAAAAAAGUCUGGUGAGAGCCUGGAGCUCUCUGGUAGCUGUGCCAUAAGUGCUUGUGAGGUAUUUGCAAAGUGCAUGAUAGUAAAGCUAAGUUUUUAUAAGUUGACGUUUUUUUUAAAGAAGAAAGUGUUUUGUACAUUUCCUUUUAAGAAAGUGCCAAAUUUGUCAGUAUUGCAUGUAAAUAAUUGUGUUCAAAUUCUUUUAUUGUAGUAUAGAAUCUAUUUACAAAAUGUUUGUUUAUAAAGGUUUACGGAUUUUUACAGUGAAGUGUUUACAGUUGUUUAAUAAAGAACUGUAUGUAAUUUGUACAGA